AUGGAUAUUGCUACUUUCCAUGUGUCUGGAAUGAACGGAAAGAUUCACUUGCAAUUGACUGGUACUUCACAGCCACAAAGUCAAUCUACACACCGUGACAUGAAGAAAAAGUUGCGUUUUUCCGCUCAAUUUCUAUUAGCCCCGCAUCCUCCCUCAGUAGAACCCAUAUCCCUCGAGCAAAUGCUUCACCCGAACAUCCGAUCGCCCAUGGCCUUAGCCUCCUUUGGCCCUUAG